AUGCCGUCCCUGCUGCUAGUGCAUCUAGCCUUCACCAUCUUCCUCAGUAGAGCUGGGAGGACUCUAGAGGAGGACAAGCGUGUGGAGAUCACCGAGCUCCUGGUACCUGAGUCACCCAGGGCAGGUGAAGACGUCACCCUCACCUGUCACUUUCACCUAGCUGGCUCAGAUCACCACCUGUACACUGUCAACUGGUGGAGAGGCAAGGACCAAUUCUACACCUACAAAGGCACCAACUUUGACCCCAAACAUGCCUAUUCCUUUCGUGGUAUACAGGUGCAGAAGGAAGACUCGACACAGGAGUCAGUCGUCCUCAAGAACGUCUCAGAGGAGACAUCGGGCGUCUUCAAGUGCGAGGUGAUGGGGGAAGGACCGUCUUUUCGAACGGCGGUCGAAACCAAGCCUAUGAAAGUUAUGGUGCCACCUACGAAAGUGGAGAUAGUAUCAUGGAGAGUGCCAGAGCCGCCCAUGUACCGUGCAGGAGACACCAUACAUCUCAACUGCACCGCCCGGGGCGCCCUACCCAGGGCCAACCUGCACUUCCAAAUAAAUGGAAAAGCUGCGCGAGAGAUGAACCUAAUUAGGUACCCAGACGUGGAAGAUAAGAGAGGUAGAGUGACCUCUACCUUGGCUUUACGAUGGAAAGCACCUGAGUACUUCUCCAACAAUGUGGCGAGGGUGACCUGUCUGGCAAUAGUUGAAGGACGAUCCUCCAACACGGCCUCCAGGGAGGUCUACCUCCAGCCUGCCUCCAGCGCUGCUUUCAACCACCAGUACGCUUCCGCAGGAUGUGAGCUGAACACCCCAUGGAGGUUGCUAAGCCUGACCUCUAUCUUCAUUGCUCGGAGGUUCCCCUAGCAGGAGGAGGAGGAGGAGGAGGAGGAGGAGGAGGAGGAGGAGGAGGAAGAAG